GGAUAGGGUUUCCCUGUGUUUCCCUGGCUAUCCUGGAACUUGCUCUGUAGACCAGGCUGACCUUGAACUCAGAGAUCCUGAGUGCUGGGAUUAGUGGCAUCCACCACCACUUCCCCAGCUCUGAUUUCAGUUUUAAGUUCUGUUGCUGACAAUGGGGGGCUCUCACAAAGACUCCAGUGCCACCAUGGCCGAGGCAGUGGCCGAAGAAGUGUCUCUUUUCAGCACGACGGACUUGGUUCUGUUUUCUCUCAUUGUGGGGGUCCUGACCUACUGGUUCAUCUUUAGAAAGAAGAAAGAAGAAAUACCAGAGUUCAGCAAGAUCCCAACAACGACCCCGUCUGUCAAAGAGAGCAGUUUCGUGGAAAAGAUGAAGAAAACGGGAAGGAACAUUAUUGUAUUCUAUGGCUCCCAGACGGGAACUGCUGAGGAGUUUGCCAACCGGCUGUCCAAGGAUGCCCACCGCUAUGGGAUGCGGGGCAUGUCUGCAGACCCCGAAGAGUAUGACUUGGCUGACCUGAGCAGCUUGCCUGAGAUCGACAAGUCUCUAGUAGUCUUCUGCAUGGCCACGUAUGGCGAGGGAGACCCCACCGACAAUGCCCAAGACUUCUAUGACUGGCUGCAGGAGACUGAUGUGGACCUCACUGGAGUCAAGUUUGCUGUGUUUGGCCUUGGGAACAAGACCUAUGAACAUUUCAAUGCCAUGGGGAAGUAUGUGGACCAGCGGCUGGAGCAGCUUGGCGCCCAGCGCAUCUUUGAAUUGGGCCUUGGAGAUGAUGAUGGGAACUUAGAAGAGGAUUUCAUCACAUGGAGGGAGCAGUUCUGGCCAGCCGUGUGCGAGUUCUUCGGGGUGGAAGCCACUGGGGAGGAGUCGAGCAUUCGCCAGUAUGAGCUCGUGGUCCACGAAGACAUUGACACUGCCAAGGUUUACACUGGCGAGAUGGGCCGCCUGAAGAGCUACGAGAACCAGAAAUAUGAAUCUGGGGAUCAUGUGGCUGUGUACCCAGCCAAUGACGCCACCCUGGUCAACCAGAUUGGGGAGAUCCUCGGGGCUGACCUGGAUGUUGUCAUGUCUCUAAACAACCUCGAUGAGGAGUCCAACAAGAAGCAUCCGUUCCCCUGCCCCACCACCUACCGUACGGCCCUCACCUACUACCUGGACAUCACCAACCCACCACGCACCAAUGUGCUCUACGAGCUGGCACAGUAUGCCUCGGAUCCCUCGGAGCAGGAGCAGCUGCACAAGAUGGCCUCCUCCUCAGGCGAGGGCAAGGAGCUGUACCUGAGCUGGGUGGUGGAGGCCCGGAGGCACAUCUUAGCCAUUCUCCAAGACUACCCAUCACUGCGGCCUCCCAUCGACCACCUGUGUGAGCUCCUACCACGACUGCAGGCCCGCUACUACUCCAUUGCCUCAUCCUCUAAGGUCCACCCCAACUCCGUGCACAUCUGCGCUGUGGCUGUGGAGUAUGUAGCAAAGUCUGUGGCCGAGUUUGGGCCCAUGGAGCACACCCAGGCUGUGGACUAUGUUAAGAAGCUGAUGACCAAGGGCCGCUACUCCCUGGAUGUGUGGAGCUAGGAGCUGCCACCCGCUCACCUUGCUCCCUGUAAUCACUUCCUUAACUCCCUUCUGCCGACCUCCACCUCUGGAGGUUCCUGCUUGGCCUCGACACAGGGAGGCCAAGGGACCGACUCCUGGCCUGACUGAUGCCCUCCUGGGCCCCUAGGCUGAGCCUGGUCCACUAUACCAGGCAGCCCAGCCCCAGGGCACAUGGCGAGGGUGAUGGGUGCCUUAGGCCCUCGGCAGAUGUACAGAGGGGCUCUUCUCUCCACUGAGCUGGGCUGUAGCCCCACCACAUGAUUUUGAAUGAGUGUAAAUAAUUUUAAA